AUGUUCAGCACGCCAGAGUGGCCCUCCAAUGCGUUGCCGUGGAGAGAUGUCCCAAAACUGAUGAGGACGAGGAGUCAGGCAAGCCAGUCAGCGCUGGACGUCGAACCGGUCCUCUCCCAAGUCGCGUCGUCGCCGCGAGACGUGGACUGGUCCUCGCCCACCUCGCCCUCCUCCCGCUUGACGCUUAUAAUGGCCGGCUCGCACAUCGACCUGAGGAAGCGCAACCAGGCGUUCCAGUCCAAAGUGGGCAAGGUCAACAAGCUGAAGCAGCCGGACCCCCUCGAGCGCAAGGCCCUCCCGCGCUGGAUCAUCUGGCUCUUCUUGUUCCUCAUCGUCGGUGGAUUCGGCCUCGAACUCCUGCAACAGAUCUACAACUUCUUCAGCCGCCUUCGAUAG